AUGUCUGAUGCCUCGAGCUGGGGGCAGAGGGCAGGGAGGAGGGUGCGCGUGAGCUGGACUCAGGGCCUGGGCGAGAAGGGCGGGGAGGAGGGCCGCUGGGACCCUGGAGCGGGCGCCGGAGCCAGUGGCUCUGCCAGCUGCAGCCUGGUUCGGCAGCUCCCUCUUCCCAACUCCUCCAGGGCACAAAGUUUCUCCGAAGCCGCGGCGCCACGCAGAGGGGGCUCUGCCCAAGUCUGCCCGCGCUCCCGCGCUCGCGGCGGGGCUGCUCUCGCUCCCUCCGCCGGCCUCCACGUCCCUCGCUCGCAGCCCCCGCCCUCGGCCAGCGUCGGGAGCCGACCCGAGCCUGAGUGGCGCAGCGCCCGAGCCGCGUUGGCCUCAGGCGCCUGGAGGCGGGACAGUCUCGCCCCCCGCCCCCAGCCUAGGACCUCCAGCCUCCCUACGCACCCUGCCCUAGACCCUCAGCCCGAGACGAGCCUCACCUUACUGGAAAACUCGGAGCUGCUGCUCAAUGCCCUGAUCCUGAAAGCAGUGGAAACACAGAAACCGGAACGCAUCUUCGCACGCGCUCGAGUGUCCGCGCCACAGCAAGCGCGCGCCGCCAGGACCGGUUUGCGCUUUUGCCCAGCUCGGUUUUUCCGGGAGUGCUGCUGGGUGUCUGAGUGCCUCGCCUGCCACGCAACCUCUAAGAUGAAUCCUCCGGGGAGAAAAGUUUGGGGUGGGGCGGGGGGCGUUACGCACUGGAAAGAGACCCUCAGUCUGCAGCCAAGGAGGCGGGCUUGGUGCAGGGAGACUUGGGAACGAGGGUCUCAAGAGCAGCUGGUUCUGGUGGGACUCAAGCCUGGUGAAGGGGCUAGGGGGCGGCUGCAAUGGAGUCUCCACAGUGCCAAGCGCUCAGCCGACCCUCUCUCGGGUUGUGUUCCUGGAGGGCUCCCUCCCUCUCCUUGUUGGCUUCCCAAGGCAAGUAUCCAGAGCUACAUCUGGUGGCACGACUGCUCCUGGACACUGGCGAGGCUGCUUGACUUCCGCUGCCCGGGGCUGCCCUAGGAGGUCACGUAUAGGUUUCUCUCCCCAAAACCUGAGGUGCAGGGUAGGAGCUCAGCCCUGCCUCCACCGUGCUUUCUCCCCGGGCUGUGGCGCACACUCGCUCUUCGUAGGCAGUCUCUCAUUCAUGAAUGAGGCACUUGCCCCCAGCUCUUUCUGGCAUUUGUGGGACUCGGUGGUAGAGGGCACCGACAGGGUGUGCAAAACUGACCGACUCAGGCAUUUUCCCGUCGCAGGAGUUCUGUCCAUACCGCAAAGAAAUGGCAUUUAUCUUUCCCCAAACAACCCAAUUUAUUUAGCACUUGUCACUCUGAACAAUUAAUAACCAUUUUUUCCUGAUUUCUGCUUGUUUCUUUUUGUCUUCCCAUCACUCAUUUUGUCCGAGCCUGGGAAACGCGCUGUUAAGACUUUGUCCGAGUUUCACGCAGGAUACCUCGAUGCUGGUUGGAACAGAGUUGGACCAAAAAUGUUUUGACUGGCUCAUUAUGACAAGGCAAUCCGUCAUGCUUGGAUAGAUUGAUAGCAACCAAGUUUAAUGCAAACACCACGAGGGAAAACCCACACGGCUCUGUGGACCCAGAGGCUAACCAGGCAGUCUCCGCAGACUUUGAACAACCUCAUCAGGAGGAGAGAAUGAAGUUCCAGGCCCGUUUCAAUUAAUCUGCUCGCAAAAAUGCCGAGGAGUGCCUGUCGGGCUAAGAAAGAAGAAAACGCUCUCACACUCUCCCGGGUUCAUUGCUGAGAAAACAGGACACUCCUCUGUGCCCUGGGAGCUCUGGGGAUGGAGGUCCGGACACUGUGACAGCAGCCCCGCCGCCCAGCUUCUUGUUUCCGUCCAAAGAUUGCUAUUCCCAAGCGCUUGGUCCCCAGGACUCCAGGUCCCAAAGAAUCCCUACCUACUUCCCACCCUCCCCACACUAGAAAGUCUCAAGAUUUUAAGAUGCUAGCUGUAGCAACUGCUUCAGAGCCCUCUGUCUCCUACACUCUGGGAAGCAGGGGAGGGAGGAUUCCCAUUGUAAUAAGAUUUGACCCGUUAAUGAUAUGCCAAACGCGGGUAGGCGAUUCAUGUAUAUUUAGUCCACCUAGCAGUUGUGCGGAGAAGGCUUUAUUAUUACCCCCAUAUUACAGAUGCGGACCACUGAGGCUUAGAAAGGUUAAGUGAGUUGCAUAAGGUCAUGUCAUUCGUGAGUAAUGGAGGCGGAUUCCAAACACUGGUCAGUGAUCUGCCAAGUGCAUGUCCUGUCCACUCUGGUCAAACCUCUACCCACUCUAUCCAGACUGCGGCCAGAUUGGGUUGAGGGUACCUUGGGAGAGAUUUGGCUCCCCUGCUGUAGGGGCCAGAGGGAGAAGCGUAAGUAACGAAGGCCCCCUCCCACUGUGCCUGCUAGUGGUAUACCUGACCUGUCUGAUUCGAGCUCCCCCGCAGGGCCCCGCAGGGCCGGGCACGUGUCAGUCGCAAGGCAACGGAACUCUAGGGCCCCGACGGCACAGGAACCUCGCUUGAAGGAGGCCGGGAAAAGUCUGCAGCGGCGCUCAGAAAGCCCGGGAGCGAACCAGAACGUCUCCAGGGAAAUGUAUCCGCAGUCUGGACAUCCCCUGCGCCUCACCAGCAGGCCCGCGGCGCGGGCGGGGCCCCUGCUCCCACCGCUGCUUGCGGGAGGACGGCGGGGCCGGCGGGGCAGAGGGCAGCGGAGCCCUCCCACCGAGCGAGCGCCACCGAGAGCCGGGCACAGGCGGGACGCCAGCCCUACGCGCGCUGCAGGGGUUGCUUCCCCCUCACACAACUGACCCUGGGUCGGCUCGGUCACGGUCACCCUCGCGCGCCCCGGGGUUUUUAGAAAGUGAUCCCACAGAACUCAGAGACAUGCACCCCUCAAAUUCACUCCCCUCCUCCUCGUUACUCAGAGCGGAAACAAAUCACUUCGACCACUUAGGAAGCAAUCAAACCUUUAUAAAAAUCCAUCGCUCCCAAAUCGAUGGGUGAAUAUUUGCUGGGAAUUUGUUCCAGAGGAAUAAAUAAGGAGCGUGAGUGUAUUAAAUGCAAACGGGGGGACACAGUGGUGUUUUUCUUCAUUGAUUAAUGACCUCUAAAAUAAAACAAGUGGGAAGAGGAGUAAAGAUCGAUAAAUUAACUGCCCAAAUUCAUCAUUUUCUCUAACAUUUUUUUCGCCCGAAAAUUAUCCUUAGGAAGCCCAUUGUAACCUUAACGGGGAAGGGAAGAAUGCAGCCAGAGGCCCAAGUAGGGCGGGAGAGGCGGGAAUGGGCAGGAAAACAGAAGGG